AUGAGAGCCCACAAGAAGUACCGGGCCCGCGGCUGCGCUCCCGCCGACGGUUGCCCCGGCCCUCCCAGUCCAAAUUUCUUGGAGGUUCGCGACCUCGCCACCUCGUCUGAACUGCCUUCAAAAAGAAAUCCCGGAAAAGACGAAAAAUAUUUCCCCUCUCGCAUUCAGAGGAGAAAUUGUCCCAACAGUCGGGACACACUGGCAACAGAGACAGAGGAGAGCGGAUCUUCCGGACUGUCUUCGCAAACAGCGACGGGAGACAAUCCUCCGCACACAGAUUUUGGGGAUUCAAAGGCGCGGCUGCCAUCUCCCUCAAGAUGCGACACACUGCCGGAUUGUGCUGUGGGUUCAAAGAUUUCGGUGACGAAAGAAGCUGAGACCGGAGGGAUGCUGAGGAUUCAUAGCACACCCGGAACGCUUGGUUGCGGAGGUGGGCACUGUGGACAUCUAGAGGAGCGAAGCAAGAUAUCGGGGGGGAAGAAAAAUUCAGGUCAAAACGCGAAAUCAAAAAAACAGCAACGCCCGUCUGUGAUCAUUAAUCGACAGAACAGUCAACAGAGGCCAGAUAUCGACAGCGUACAUCAGAUUCUUCGCUGGCUCGUCUGGCAAAAGUUUUCCGGCGGCUCCGCAACUAGCAAUCGGUCCCUAGAAAACAAAGCGAGCACAAAACACUCUGACGCUACUGGCACUUCCGGUGUACCAGAGAAAUGCCCUCACUGGCUGCGCAUCACUCAGCCCCAUCUUAUAGGUGCAGUCGUUGUUGUCGUUCUUCCCUACGUGGAUCUGGCGGCUCUUCGCAUGCUCCAGGUCGAGAGGCCGGAUCGUGUGACACAGCUGCUGGACCAAGUUGUGGCGACUCGAAGAGAGGCUUGGCGAAAAGAACGGGAGGAACAAGCGUCGCUGCAGAAGGCAGAACGGCACGCGGAAGCAAACGCGAAAAACGAAAAUGGGGGGUGGAAACUGUCGCCGGGUGUCAGUGCCUUUGAACUCUCCGAGGGGAGAAAAUGUGAAAAUGUCGUCAGCGACUCCGUAAAUUCAACGCACGAGGGAAAGGGGGGAAAAGAUGAUGUUGAGGCUCAAGGCAGCGACAUGUUUCUUGAUAGGCGACGCAGGUCGGCAGUGCUGCCCAACGGUUACUCCUCGUUUCUCCAGUUUCUGGCGUCUCCCAGUGGUCCGAAGAUCCCGACGCGCGUGGUCAGAGUCGAGACUGGCCAGCACUGCUCAAUCGUGCGGAGCUGCUUUUCUUCUCUGACCGAUGCGCGGACCUUUCGGGGUGUUGACGUCGCGCAAGCAACUGCCAACUAUGAUCUGUGUCACUACUUGCUAACUUUGGACGAAUUGAAGAGCAACAAUUUUCCUAUCCCAGACGAAAUUUCGGGGGAUUUACCGGCUGGGUACGCCUCUGUCCACGCCGAACUGCUAUACCCUCCUUACUAUGACGGCAGAGAGGCUUCGCGCUACGCCGAUUCAACUGGAGCGUCUUCUGCAUGUUCCAUCUCGUCUUCGUUUUCACGGGAUGCGCGUCGCGCCUCAACUGGUUCUUCCUCAUCGUCUUCCAGUUCCUGCUCCUCUCAGCCGCCUGGUGUGUCUUCCUCUGUGGCACUUGUUUCCGUGGACCAGUUCUUUGGGCUGGACUGCGAAAUGGUUUUGACGUCCUUGGGUACCGAAGUGGGGCGCGUUUCAGUCGUCGACACCAACGGCGAAAAACUUCUCGACGUCUUCGUUCGCCCCAAAGCCCGGGUAAUAGAUUACCUGACGCGUUUUUCUGGAUUAGAAGAACACCAUCUUGCUUCAGCAGAGCAUUCUCUUGAAGAUGUUCGUCUCCAGCUUCGUCAGGUCCUUCCUCCGGACGCGGUGCUAGUCGGGCAUUCUCUAGAAAACGAUUUGCAUGCGCUGAAGCUUGUCCAUCUCAGGUGUGUAGACACCUCAAUUUUGUAUCCCCAUGCAACGCUGGGUCUGAAGAACUCUCUCAAACGUCUGGUGAAUGUUUUUCUUCCCGACCGAAAGCUGAGACGCGAGGCAGGCCAUGAUUCUCUCGAGGAUGCGAGGGCAACGCUGAAUCUUGCGAAACUGAAAGUGCAGCGAGGACCCGGCUUUGGGGUGCUUUCUAAGCAGUACGAGCCUCUGGGUCUUGCUCUUCGAGAUGUGGCUUCCAGAGCUCUUCGUUAUCAACAGAUGAGAGACGAUUUGUCCCUUCCGAAUGAACGUGUCAGUGCGGGUUGCGGAUCGUCUCGCUCCGGCGGCGAAUCAGAGCUCUCCCCCCCAAUGCGAAUCGCAGGAUCAAGGAAAAGGGCUGUUUCGAGAGCGGAGCCCGAGCUGUGCAUAUCUGUGGGAAACGUGGGGGUAGCCGCUUCGGCGUGUGCGGGCGACACGGCGACGUCGCGGGUUGGAGGCGCGAUCGACUGCGGACGAUCCUCUGAAACGGGAGGCCCUAUGCCGCGGGGAUUGUCCCCUCCUUGCAGAUUGUGCAAAGACACCGACCGAACGAAAACGAGCGCUUGCAACUCAGAACUUUGCCAGCCCACCAAUUCUGAGGACCCCCAACUGAAUCUGUUUCUGGUCGAUUCCUUGAUGCAUUCAUGCACCGAAGCUCUCAGGGAUACGCAAGUCCUUUUUGCGAAAAAUGAUGAAGCCGUAGUGAAAACAUGUCUGGCGGCGUUGAAUGUGGGCCGCAAGCGGCGGCUGCCCGGUGCUACCAGCGUCGCCGACAUGGAAGCUCCUGACGACUCACAGAACCCCCCAUCCGUCUCUUGUGUCUCCAAACGGCUCGGUCUUGACUCAUUUGGCGGGCUGCCUGCGAGUCACAUUCCCCAAGUUGCCAAUGUGAGUCUGUCUUUAACUCGUGAAUGCGUAGCAACCGUGGGGGCGAAUGCGGGACCUGGCAGCGACACAUGUAUUUACAGUGCGGAACUGAAGUCUCUAUCGGGUCGCCAGGAAUUGGCAGCACCGAGAAGAGGCGAAGCGGAGACAAGUUCCGAGGUGCCGGUCGAUACUUGUGCACACGAUGCGCGAGAGCGACGAAAUGGUCAACAUGAAGCGGGCGAAAGAGAAGACCGAGACUGUUGCUUGCAGGGAUCGGCAGAAAGGGACACAUUUUUUCCCAUCGCAGUUUGCGUCCUUCGAAGCUACCAAAGAUUUUGUAGCACAGCUGCGGGCAUGCCUAGCGAUCACUUGUAUGCUUUCAACCGACGGGCCCAGACCCUUUUGCGACUCCAGCAGACACUGCGAGAGGGAAGUACGGCAAGACGUGACAAUCGGACCAUGCAGCCUGUAGACGGAAGAGGAGACAGAGACACCUUCGUUUCGAGAGAGGGGGUUAACACGCGAGGAGACGGGAACGUCUGCACCGAUGACAGAGCAAGUCGUGCCUGCGCCGACGUGGCAAAUGAAACGCCGGCUGCGACCGCUAUACGUGUUCGAGGACAGAGAACAGAAGAAAGGGCUCGACCGGAAGGCGAUGCACGGAAGACCGGCAGUGAUGGUGACACCGGCGGGGAGAGCGGGAGUCACGGCGGCGACGAAGCGACACAACUCGACGAAAAACAUGGGGCGUGUACCCGUGGCUACGGACUGAUUCAUAAUGCUCAAUUGCUCGGUUCUCCAGUACGACAACGAGAUGCGAUGCGUGCGCUGCUGGAGCUAGAUGAUUUGCUAUUAACUUUACUUGCCGGUUUGUGUCACAACGACCUCCUCAUUCUGAUGUCUCCGUGUGGCAACGCGGCCCGGUAUCUUAGCCUCGCGGCGCUGCGAGCGGCACUGUCCAGCUUAGAAGGGGGGUACACGAAGCCGGCAGCAACAAAACCGCCGCAGGUGUCAGCCUUGACUGACAGAAGCACCAGUGGGACGAACCCGUCUCGUACCUGCCGCAAAAUGCGUGCAGACGACUGUGAGGACACGCAAGUAAGGCGUCUCCCGGAGGAAAGGAUUGAUCUUUCCCAAGAGUUGGCAGAGACUGAGCACUGGAAUCCAGCAAAAGUUCCGGCAGCUCCUGGGUCUUGGCAUCAGAUAGGCAAUGCCUUUUCUGGUACCAAUUCAAGUGAAGCUUGCAGCUUCCCUGAUCUUAUGUGGACCUCUGCGAUGGAACGGGAACUCGAGAAAGCACGCGGAGAGUUUCAGGGCCCGGGUGGAGGCCCUUGGGCAGCAAUCUUUAUACGGCCAGGAGCACACCCUACUGUUUCGGGUGUGUGA